AUGGAGAUCUUUGCAAGCAUCUUUCAACGAGCUGAUUCUGCUGAGUUGAAGAGCACUUCCUCCAAAGUGCCUGAGUUCAAAGACAUGAAGGUCUGCAAGACAUCACCGAUUUGUCCAAAUUGCAAUGGCAUUCGUUACUCCAUCUAUGACAACCGGACCAUUUUGAUGCUUCCGCAGCCUACGAGUACUGGCAAGGCAUACUCAUACUCUUCAGAUGAGCCUCGAAAUGUGCAAGACUUGGAAGAACUGACGAUCGACUUGGAGGAAAUUCAGAAAGGUUUGCACUACGCCAGUCUAGGCAGUGGCAUCGACAACUUUGAAGAGAGCAAGACGGUGUUGUUCACCCCGCACUUUCAUACGCGACUCCAAUACUACGGCAACGAUCCAGCCUUGGUCAUGGAUCUCUGGAAGUCGAGUGGAUCCGGUCGAUUCGAGUGCAACCUGCAAGGUCCGCCGCCGAAGAACUCCGUGCCCGCUUUGAUUGGCGGCCUGGAGAAUCUGGAGACGCAUGCGAAGCAGAAGAUGCAGAAGCUCGAGAGAGAAGAAAGAGAAGAAAGAGAAAGCCAAAUCUCAGAAUUCGAGGCUCGAAAGACAUGGGAAGACAUGGGAAAACAGGAAUCUCUGCCAUGCUCCGCUUCGCCAACGCUUCGCUGCAGGCCAGUCUUUUGGUCACCAGCAGCAGAAAGCCGCACCACUGGAGAUCUCGCAUCUCAGGCUUCAGCCAUCGCGUACAGGCUGAACGGCGAGAACUUAGAACCGAUGGGUGCAGUGACCAUGACGGUCAACAUGACGUAUUUGGGCGAGGCCUUGGGUGGACUACCGCUCAGUCCCAGUGUGUAUGCCAUGAUUGCCGAUCAGCACGGACAAGUAAUGAUGAUGACCUCUCGCGCGAGGGAAACGAUUUUUCACAAGAACAUGUCCGAAUCGCAAAUCCGGAAUCCACAAAAUCAGCCACCUUGCAGAGCUGACCAGAUCAACGACGCUGGAUGCUGGUGGGAUGCACCCAAACCUUUGACGCUGUUCGAUGCACAGAAAGAAGGGUUUAGUGGCAUCAACUUCGAAGAUAUGCUGCUCACUGUCUUCAACGAAUCCCACGACCACCAAUGCUCCUCAGGUGUCAGGACCUGGACCUUGGACGUUCCGAACUGCGGAUGUGGACAAGACUGCAGCUGUCAGCACUUGGCCGUUUUCUGCCGGCUUUUGGCCUAUCCAGAGUGGGCGAUCUUUUUGGUCGCACCCCUGGAGGAGCUGCAAGGUGCCGCAAUCUUCACAGUAGAUAAGGAAAACAUCACGUUGGAUAAGAUUGACAAGAAGAAGAAAGUGUAUGAGGACAACAUCGUGGUUCAGAACACAGGUCGAGUUAAGCUGCCAUUCACAGCGACGGUGAGUGCUGGCAAGGGGGACAACAUGUCUGGCAUCACGGUGGAACCCGCCAACGGAACUCUUUCACCGGGAGAGAAUACGACACUUGCCUUGAAGUUUAACCUCAGCACCUUCGGUUAUGGCACCAGCUCUGGCACGGUCAUUGUCCAGCCAGAUCUUUCAGAUGACGUUGGCAACUGCUUCCGCACACGCACCAGCACAAGGUUCUCCUUUACCCGGCAGAAAAAACCUCAGACCUUGUUGCAAGUCAGUGGCAUUUCUGUGUCGGUGAUCGCAACAGUGGUACUCUUCAUCAUCUUGUAUCGAGUGGUGAGUUCCUUCCUGCGGAAAUACUAUGAUGACAUGGCAAAGGAACACAGCACCAUCGCAAAGGCACUGCAAGCGACGCAAGAGUUGUCCUUCCCCAUGGUGCUUUUGAAGGUUGCAACUUUCAAGAAGCACGGCAAAUUUGUUGCGUUCGAGGAUAUUUUGAACGAGAGCUUAUGGCUCCAUACUAUUCAGGAUAUCGAUGACUUCCUCACCAAGGACAUCAAGAACAAGCUGGGCAAGAAGAACAAGGUGAUUUUCAUGUCGCAUCAGUGGACAGCCUUCUCUGAACCAGAUCACACAGGCGAGCAGUACAAAGGAAUGGUGGAGGCGGUAGACACCGUCAUCAAUCAGAACAACUGGGAUACGGAGGACACCUACGUUUGGCUCGACUACAGCUCCAUUCCCCAGAGGCACCGACCAUCCCAGACAGCUGCGAUCAACUCUCUCACAGUUUAUGCAGCCAAGGUCUCUGCCUUUAUCGUCGUGGCGCCAAAAGUGGACCAUAAGGAUCUGGAGGGUGUCUUGUGCGAUGAAGACACUUACAAAAAGCGAGCUUGGUGCAGGGCAGAGCAACUGUCCCACUUGCUGGCGCAGGCGGGUGACAACAUGUUCUUAGCCAAGAAGAAACGGCCCAGCCAAUCGAUGCCUGGUUUCUUGCGCCUCAAUGAUGAACCUGCAUGGCUGGAGCAAUCCAUCGAAGUCUUCAAAGGAGAACUGACCUGUUGCAGGCGCAAGCAUGUUGGGAUGGACAUGUGCGAUCGAGAACGCCUCGUUGUGCCAAUGUUGGGUUUGUGGGCCCAGCUUUGCAGAACCAUUCGCAGUCAAGCUGAUGAGAGCGAACGCAAGGAUGAGAGCGAGGCAUCCGCAGAUGACAAGAGAGCUUUUGCCGACCUGAAAGAAAUUCACCAGCAUCUCUCGGAGAGGAUCAACGAGGUCUUCCCAGAGACCUUCAGCUACGAAUUCGAGAAUGGCUCAGAGGAGAGGCCUUUGUUUGGAAAGCUGGUGCAGAGGCUCCAGGAGCACCUGGACAAGGAAGCUCUGCAACCAAAAGAGGAAAAGAAAGAGAAACACUGGUCCAAGCUUCGUAUCGCUACAAAGAUGGCUCGUUUGCCUGCCAAUGGUGGCAGACGUUUGAGCCAAGCUCUACGUUCUUCCAUGACCACGUAA